ACUUGGUUGGUUGGUCGAUGUCUUGCAAGUGGUUGGUUUAACAGGCUAACAGCUCGUGAUGAGAUAGAAAGACAGGAGGGUGAAAAAGAGAGGGCGUUUUGUCAGGUUUUGUGUUUGGGGUUGAAUAGUGAAAUCUUGGCCUUGUUGUCUCUAAAAGAGUUGUUGUAGUUGGCAAUUAACUUUGUUCUGCUCCUGGUGGACUCUUCAAGGCUCUCUGCUUUCCUCGUCUUCCCUCCACAAUAAACAAUUAUUCCAUAUCUUUCCCCCAUUUUAUCAAAUAUUCAUAGCAUGUUAAGCUAUUAGCAUUGGAUGAGUCAUCUGCUCUCUCUCUCUCUCUCUCUCUCUCUCUCUCUCUCUCUCUCUGUGUAUUGAGAUAAUAGAAACAAGAAACAGCAUAUGGUGGUGAGGGAAAAAAUUUAACAAGGAGAAAUAGCUAAAAAUAGAACAAGGAAUGAAUGGCGUUACUGCCCCUGAACAGGAUUACUCUGAGUUUGUAGAAGUUGAUCCUACUGGAAGAUAUGGAAGAUACAAUGAAGUUCUUGGCAAAGGAGCUUCAAAAACAGUCUAUAGGGCCUUUGAUGAGUAUGAAGGGAUUGAAGUAGCAUGGAACCAAGUGAAGCUUUAUGACUUCUUGCGGAACCCUGAAGAUCUUGAGAGGCUCUACCGUGAAAUUCAUCUGCUCAAGACCUUAAAGCACAACAAUAUCAUGAAGUUUUACUCUUCUUGGGUUGAUGCUGCGAACAGACACAUUAACUUUGUUACUGAGAUGUUUACUUCUGGUACUCUCAGACAGUAUAGGCUAAAACACAAGAGAGUUAACAUCAGAGCAGUGAAGCACUGGUGUAGGCAGAUUUUGAAAGGGCUUCUCUAUCUCCAUAGCCAUGACCCCCCUGUGAUCCACAGAGAUCUCAAGUGUGACAAUAUUUUCAUCAAUGGGAACCAAGGUGAAGUCAAGAUUGGUGAUCUUGGCCUCGCUGCUGUCCUCCGUAAAUCGCAUGCUGAUCGUUGUGUUGGAACGCCAGAGUUCAUGGCUCCAGAGGUUUAUGAAGAGGAAUACAAUGAAUUAGUUGACAUUUAUUCCUUUGGGAUGUGCAUCUUGGAGAUGGUUACCUUUGAAUAUCCAUACAGUGAAUGCACUCAUCCUGCUCAAAUCUAUAAGAAAGUUAUCUCUGGGAAAAAACCAGAAGCUCUAUACCAAGUAAAGGAUCCUGAGGUGCGGCGUUUUGUUGAAAAAUGCUUAGUGGCCGUGUCUUGUAGGCUUUCUGCUAGGGAGCUUUUGAAAGACCCUUUUCUCCGGGUUGAUGAUUAUGGAUAUGAUUUAAGGUCAAUAGAGUAUCCAAGGGAUAUGUAUGAAAUAGGGCCCCUCUUAAGACAACCUUACUCUGAACUUCAUCACAAUAACAGCUCUUUGAGUAAUGGGUAUGGCCAUUGUCUUGGUUAUGAAACUGAAAAUGAUUUGGAUUAUCAUCCGGUUGAUUACAGAUUGAGUGAAAUUGAUCUAUUUGCUUGUCAAGAGGAUGAGCAUUUGGGUGAUCUUGACCUCUCAAUCAAAGGAAGGAGGAAAGAAGAUGAUGGCAUCUUUUUAAGGCUCAGAAUUGCAGAUAAAGAAGGCCGCAUCCGAAACAUCUACUUCCCAUUUGAUACUGAGACUGACACGGCAUUGAGUGUUGCUAGAGAGAUGGUCACUGAGCUUGAUAUCACAGACCAAGAUGUGACAAAAAUAGCAGAGAUGAUUGAUGGUGAAAUUGCUACCUUGGUACCUGGGUGGAAGAGUGGCCGAGGCACAGAACAAAGUCCCCAUUGCAAUAAUGCAAGUUUUUGUCAAAAUUGUGCCUCAUAUGGUUCCAUUCUGGAUUAUGCAUCAUCAGAUAGUCCAGGUGUCAAGAACCUCCAAGUUCUUCAGUGUUCUAAACAUGGAUCUGCUGCUGUCCAUGGCCGUUUCGAAGAGAUUACCUACCAAGUUGAAGGGUCAGAACAAUGUCUUGCAGAUGGUGCACCCAGAACAUCAAGCCAUUCUAAUGGUGUGCCCUAUGCUGAUAUCUGGGCUCAAAGAGAUGGACCAGAAUCCAGCUCACAUUGUUCAAGAGAGAUCCAUUGUGAUGAAAAUCAUGAAACAAUGGAUGCAACAAACUUUGGAAAGGAAGAGAGAAUUAUAACUAUGGACAAUGAGAGCGACUCCAAAGCAAGAAAUUCUUUCUCAGAGGAACUUUCAACCACUUCUGAUCAAUUAGAUGAUUACGGGAAUGAGCUUCGUCAAGAACUAAGAUGGCUCAAAGCAACGUAUCAAAUACAGUUGAGGGAGAUUAGGGACCAACAGCUUGGAGUAAAACCAAAAACUUCAAGCCUAAGUCCAAAUUCUGAUCACUCGGAGCACAGGGAAAAGAAUGGAGCUUUAAUGUCCUUGGUUUCACCCUGGCGGACGAAAGAAAACAAAAAACCUUCCUUGAAAUCCUUUUCCUCAGGAAAGCAUUUCACAUAUUUUCCAGGGGAUGCUGAAAAGAAAUAUUUGGCAAACGAAAGUCUCCAAAAUUGUGAGGCAAUUGAUGGGGCUUACAGUCCUGAGCAAAUGAUCACUGCAAAGAGUUUCUACGUAGGAGCGUUGCUUCCACACUCUCUUCACAGGGCAACUUCUCUACCAGUUGAUGCUAUAGAUGUUUAAAGCCUGCAAACUUCUCUAAUUCUGUCACCAGGUUUUAAGCCUCACACUCUCAAAUAAUACUAGCAGCUGCCUCUUUUCACAGAUAGGAAAAUUGAAUGUGAUGGAUUUUAGUUGUACAAUCAGAGAGAUGUAAUUUACAGUUUGUAGGUUCUGUUCCCCGAUGGAAACAAUUCAAGGUAAAAUUUGGAUCAACAUGCAUUGCUCCCUGACA